AUGGAGUCCGCCUCAGUGCUCAGGAAGAAUAUGGAGUUAAUCUCAGCUCCCAUGGAAGCUCUGGAUCUAGGGUUGGACCCAAAGGAACUCUUCAAUGUCUCCAUAAAGGUGUUUGAGGAGUUCCUGGAUCUUUUCAAAGACAAAGAACAGGCUGAAGUGGCUUCUAUAGCACAGGCAGAGCUGGAAUCGUUCAAAUCCACCAUCCUCAACAUCGCAGUCACGGGGGAGACGGGCGCAGGGAAAUCGUCCUUCAUCAACGCCCUCCGGGGACUGACUGCUGAGGAUGACGGGGCUGCCCCAACUGGGGUGACAGAAACGACGACGAAGCCCACUGUUUAUCCCUAUCCAAACCACCCCAACGUGAGGCUGUGGGACCUGCCCGGUAUUGGCGCCCCAGAUUUUCAGCCAAACACGUACCUGAAGCAGGUGAACUUCAAAUGCUAUGACUUCUUCGUGAUCAUUGCUUCGGAGCGCUUCAAAGGCAUCCACAUGGCCCUGGCCCGGGAGAUCGAGAGGAUGGGGAAGAGGUUCUACUUUGUGCGCUCCAAGGUGGAUGAAGACUUGCGCAAUGAAGAAAGGGAUCACCCUAGAACAUUCAGGGAGGAGAGUGUCCUGCAGCGACUCAAGAUGGACUGCAGGAAACACCUGCAAAAGGCAGGGAUCAGCAACCCAAAGAUUUUCCUUCUCUCCAGCUGUGAAUUCACCAAGUAUGAUGCUCCUGUCCUGGUCAAGACUUUGCAGGAUGAUCUCCAAGGUCUGCAGAGACUUGCCUUUCUGCUCAGUCUGCCAAACCUGUCUGCCGAAAUCAUAGAGGAGAAGAAAGCUGCCCUGAAGAAGUGGAUAUGGCGAAUAUCUCUCACGUCGGCUUUUGUCAAUGUCAUUCCUAUUCCAGGGAUCUCUGUUGCUUGUGAUAUUAGCAUCCUGCUAGGAUCCAUGAUUGCCUUCUACAAGUACUUCGGCCUAGAUGACGGCUCCUUGGCUAAUCUGGCCAGGCAGACUGGGAAACCGAUAGCGGAGCUGAAGGCUGUUAUCAUAUCUCCUGAGGCAAAAGAAAUAAACAGAGAUGUUGUAAUCAAACUGCUGCUAAAGACGAGUUUGCCUAAAUUAACUGCAUAUGUACCAGUGCUUGGUCCCAUGUUAACUGCGGGAAUCUCUUUUUUAACCACCUACUUCAUGCUGUUGAGAUUUCUCAAUGAAGUGGCUGAAGAUGCCGAAAGGGUUCGGAAGACCGCUUUGAAGGAAGACGGGAAAAAGCAUAAAUGA